AUGGGAUUCAGAGUGAUACUACUGGCUGCCACUGGCCUGGGAGCCAUGUACAUGAUGCAUCUGCUAGCCCAGGAUUGGGUCAAGAUCCGGCCCAUUCGUGGUAUAACCCAGCUGGCCGGGAUGGCCGCUCAACCCAUUCAAAUGGCCAUUGCACCCAUUCAACAGGCCAGUGCCUCCUUGAACCUCUUCCGAAGUAGAAGAUCCGCCAUACAGAGCCAUGAACUUGGUUGGCUGCGAAAAGCCCAGGAUUCCGGAGGAGGCGAAGGUCUUCAAAAGGGCAGAAGAGUAGAAAGACCUCCUCCUGCCAUCGACUGGAAGCGAAUCCUUUCGAGAGAUCCCUUCGAGUGCCUGCAAUCUCUCAUCUGCCAGUUGAUGUCUGGAGCGGAGGAAGAGUCUCCCGAGGCGGAGGUGCUCAUGGACUAUCUGGAAUCUUCCCUAGAAAUGGCUCCUGUUAAGAUAGGACGGGCUUUCAGUCGAGGACUGGCAUUGAGAGGAUCUACAGAGCUGUGCUUCAAUGAGUAUCCUUUCUGCCUAUAUUCGGCCAAGACCAUGAUAAGGAUUCUGAGAUGGUUCAGCGAGGCGGGAGAAGUGGCCUUGGAGGAAGGGAAUUAG